GUCACUACCCGGUGAGCCUAACUGACUCCGUAACCGCUCCACCUUCUCGGAGAAAUCGGAAGCCAUUAAAAGAUCGAUACCAAAGUUAGCGCGCUUCGUCCCCGCGAUCAGAGCGUUUCCCCAAAAUAGCAUCCAAAUCCCUCGCCACUCUCCCUUCAAAACCCUAGAAAUCCAACCCCUUCCCAUUCAUCUAGGGUUUGGUUGCCCCCCAGAAGCCCUAGAUGUCCAUCCGAUGGACCUCUUCCUAGCCGCCGGAGCCACGGCUGUCUGCCUCAUAGCUGCGAUAUUCGCCUUCCGAUCGAUUCCUGAGAAGAAGAGCAACCCUUGUGGCUGCGCCUGCUCCUGUUGCGGCGCGGAGGCCGGCGGCGGUGGAGGGAGGGGUAGUAUGGCGAAGGCGAAUGGUGAGGUGGCUGGAAAAGGUAAGGAAAAGGAGGCGGUGGUGGCGGAUAGGCAGGUUGGGGGAUCCAUGAUGGAGCAGUUAGUGCCAGAGAUUACCACGCACGCGCUCAGUUAUUUGGAUUACCCGAGCCUUUGCAGGCUUUCGAUGACGAAUUCGUCCAUGAGGAGGGCUGCCAAUGAUGAUAAUGCUUGGAAGGCGCUGUAUCAUAAAGACUUUACAGUGGAACAGGACAGUGUCACCCCACCUAAUGGUUGGAAAUCUUACUAUGCAGCUACUAAAGCUAUUGUUAAUCUAAAUUCUGAAUUCUAUAACAUCAUCAGAGAAAGGUCGUUGGCGGCAAUGAGUCGCUUUUGGCUUCAGGCAGAUUAUGUUAAAUGUGUCCAUGCGUCUGGAGAGCUUUUUUCAGGAUACACCGCAGUCAUUCACAGUUGGUCUCUGGCAUUCAAUUGGGAUCAUGGGGGCCAAGGAAUUGCAUUUCAGAUUCGUGAUGUGCGAGCUCGUGUUCUUAGUGAUAUGGCAUGGGUCACCAUGAAAGCAUAUGUUGAUAUAGACUCGGGGCCGUUCCAUGUGACAAAUAUCUAUGAAUUUCAUAACGGCCGGUGGUACAUGGUCCACCAUCAUAGUUCAGUGAUGCUUGGCGAAGGAGAUUUAGGGCUACCGAAUGUUUUCAUUUGAAAAGAUAUUGAAUAAUAAGACAAUGUUUUCCAUACUCUUGUCUUUCUUAUUCUCAAUUUUUUCCACCCAAAGCUGUCAAUAGAAUCUCACCAGUAUAGUUUUGAUAACCUGUUUCUCUUCUUGGUUGCCAGGCUAAUCCAAUCAAUCACUGGAUGUGGCUAUUGCUCCCUUCUUACUUAUUACAGGGCUACUCAUAAGGACACAGUUUUGCAAUUCAAAUGGUUUGUUUCUUCCCACUCCUUUAUUCCUGGUUAGUCAUAUGCUAAGCAGGGAUUUUUUUUUUUAGAAAAGUCAAG